AUGUUUGGCGCCCUCAGACCCACCUCGCUCGUCUCAAGUGGUCUCCUCUGGAAAAACCCCUGGCGACUCUCUGCUACCCGAAAGGCCAACCAACGCAAGAGACUGAGGCGUGUCGAUGAUGUUAUUUCGAUGGUUUCGGAGAGUGGGGUGGUGACAAAGAGUUUGGUCAAGGCCUUGGAGUUGCCGACGGAGGCCGAGAUGCCGCCCAAAGGUGAAUCUGUGUUCGAGUCUCAGGUUGGCAAGGGAGAUCUGAGCCGAGGAGAGCAUGAGACGGCAGUGAAAUCAACUGGGAAUGUCUUUGGAGGGUGGUGCUAG